ACGUAGGGUUCUGCGCGUCUGCAUUUGGUCCUAUAUCUUUUUCUUUGGGGCUCCCCAUAGGCUACACAUCAGGAUUUCUGAUCGUAAAUAUUUAACAUGUUAAAUAUUUAUGAUUCGCGAUCGGAGCGGAUCCGACGUUCUUCCAAUCAGGGACACUCAUAACACACGUCACACCAAGGAAAAAUUUGAUAAAAUAAUCUGUAGAACCAUCAAGAUAAUCGGGACAUAACUAGGAUUGUUGGAAGGGCGGAAAUCGGCCGAAAAUCAACCCGAUUAUCAUUUGGUGUGUACCCAGCAUAAGUGUAGGCUACUUAUUGGUGUUAUUUUGAGACACCAUGAAUAUAAACAAAAAUGUGCUAAAAGUACUCCAGUACAGCAGGUGGCGGGAACGCGCCGCUUACUCUGCUGCAUGACGACUCAUGAGCACGAGCAAAUGCUGUAAGGACACAGUCAUGGCGUCGUGCAUACGCUUAUUGCGCGGACCUCUUAGAUUAAUGAUCACACACAAUGCAUUAAUAUCACAAAGUAAAUUAAUCCCGCAUAGUAAAAGUCAAUGGAGCGCGAGCUGGACCUGCAGACAUUUGUUUCAGUCGUCGUCAGUAUGGGGGGUUGCUCCUCUGAAGGUCCAGAUGCCUGCACUCUCACCCACCAUGGAGGAAGGAAAUAUUGUCAAAUGGCUCAAGAAAGAAGGUGAUGUUGUCGAGGCUGGGGACGCUCUUUGUGAAAUUGAGACCGAUAAGGCUGUGGUUGUUAUGGAGUCCAAUGAGGAUGGAAUCCUUGCCAAAAUACUUGUGCAGGAAGGCAGUCGAGGUGUGCGUUUGGGAACUCUCAUUGCUUUGAUGGUUGGUGAAGGUGAAGACUGGAAAGAAGUUGAGAUCCCGCGCCUUGACCCCAUAACACCAGCUACAGCUCCGCCUACUGCAGCUGACCCCGCCUCUCCUGUGGCCCCGAUCCAUCCACCUGCAACAGUCAAGGCGUUACGUUUGAGUCCAGCUGCGAGACACAUUUUGGACACACAUGGUCUGGACGCUGAUCUGGUGACGCCUACAGGCCCACGAGGUCUUGUUACUAAAGAAGAUGUUCUGAAUCUGUUGAAUCAGCGGGGUAAAGGCCAAGCUGCUCCUCCUGCAAGAGCUGCUACUUCUCCUGCCCCAACCCCACCUCAACCGGCUGCCCCCACCACUGGUCGCCCCACUUACCCACCUGUUUCUGUCCCUGGUAAACCUGGAGCUCCGGGCACGUUCACAGAGAUACCAGCCUCAAAUGUUAGGAGAGUCAUCGCUCAGAGAUUAACGCAGUCGAAGACCACCAUACCUCACGCGUAUGCUUCAGUUGAAUGUGAUCUCAGUGCUGUCAUGAAGCUCAGAAAAUAUCUGGCCAAAGAAAACAUCAAGGUGUCAGUCAAUGACUUCAUCAUUAAGGCUGCUGCUGCUACACUCAGAGAGAUGCCAGAGGUGAAUGUGAUUUGGUCCCCUGAGGGACCUCGAGCUCUUGACUCCAUUCACAUCUCUAUUGCCGUAGCAACACCGCGGGGUCUCAUCACACCCAUCAUUAAAGAUGCUGCUAACAAAGGCCUUCAGGAGAUCGCUUCCAGUGCAAAGGCUUUGGCCCAGAAAGCUCGGGAUGGGAAACUAUUACCAGAGGAGUAUCAGGGAGGAUCAUUCAGCAUCUCUAAUCUGGGAAUGUUUGGCAUCAGUGGAUUUAGUGCAGUUAUAAAUCCUCCUCAAGCGUGUAUUUUGGCUGUGGGCAGUAGCAGGACUGAAGUCAGGUUGACAGAACAGAACCAGGACAGUUUGACUCCUGUCCUCUGUACUCAAGAGCUACUGACUGCUACGUUAUCCAGUGAUGGACGUCUAGUAGAUGAUGAACUUGCUUCACGCUUUCUGCAGAAAUUUCGUUCAAACCUUGAGCAACCCCAACGUUUGAGCCUGGCAUAGAAAGUCAAAAAUGUCAUCUAAAGCAACAUGAGCUUCAAGUGAAAAUAGGGUGAAAUAUGGUGAAAGUUACUGCUUAUUUAUUCAUUAAGAUGUAUAUAAAGUUGUAUGAAGCACCAGGAGUCUCUUUUAAGUCUAGGCUCCAUUAAUAAACUUUAGUUAUUAUAAUACCAUAACAGGAUUUUUUCAGGUAUAAUUAAGUCGCUUACGCAAAAUAAAUUCAUUAUAUACAACUAUUGUCACAUUAUAAAAAAGUCAAAGCCAUCACAUCAUGUUUGGUCUGUUUGCUUUAUCUGAUAAUAAACUUGUCUUCUGCUGUACAUUAUUGCAGUCCUUUAUCAUUGGGACGGUGUGCAGGAUUAUGUUCUCUCUUUCACUUCACUCGUCUGUUAUAAGAUGUGAUUUUUUUCAGAUGUUCGAUGAAUGUUUGUUCUGAAGUGAUUGGUUUUCAGUGUGCAUCAGUAAUGUGCAAGCACCUGUUUGCAUAGGUACAAUAAAAACACAAGGUAGGCUAAACACCUUUUCCUCCUUAUAAAAAAGGAUUAAGCCUAGCCAUCUUAAGUUAAAUAUAAAUUAUCAAGUGAAAACAAAUGAAAUAAAAUAGUUUAUUAUUGUUAUUUAGUGUAAAUUUACAGAUCCUCCAUACAAAUGACUAUGUAACACAUCAGAGUCUUUAUGAAGUGAAAGUAAGCCGGUAUUUGUGCAGCUGCACUGUGCGAAACUAUUUAAUGAGGAAAUAAAUUUGAAUAACUCCAUGUACUCCAUCCUAAACUAUAUUUAAAAGCUUGUUCUCUGCUUUUCUGUGUUUCUAUUUCAUGCAACGCUGCUUUGGAACAAUGGACAAUUGUGAAUAGCGCUAUAUAAAUAAAAUUGAAUUUAUUUCAAUAUAUUUAAGAACUCAAGCAGAAUGAAUAAAUGAAAAGCGCUCCAUAAAUGAACCAUCCAGAAUCAUUGUGUUGCAGUAAAGCUUUUUUUGCAGUGGAUACAGGUACAACUUUGACCAAAAAAUGCUGAACCCACGCUCCACUGGCCUUCCAGGACAAGUUUCUCAAAGAUUAGAUAGGAAAUAACAUGUAAAGGGAAGAUAAAUUAAUCAAGAGAACAAAACCUCAGCUCCAUUAAACAGUUAGGGGUAAAAACUGAGUCUGAGAUCAUGAAGAUAUAAUAAAGAUUGUAUGUUUUUUUUCCUUUAGAUUCUGCUUGCUUUGGGUCUGUUUUAUUAUUUGACACUAUGUGAGUAUGUGAAGCUGCUUUUUAAACCCAAUGGCCAUAGUUCAUGGUGAAUUUAAAGACUUGCAUAUGUUUUUUGUUUGUUUGUUUGUUUUCAUGUGUAAGCUAUGUUGUCAUAGCAAAGAAAGAAAGAAAAAAAACCACAUCACUAGCAACAUCUACUGUAC